AUGCAUAGCAAUGUGACCGAGGGGCCGAACCUUGGCUCCAGCCUAUCCUGCCAGUUCAGUGUUUGCAACUGGAGAGACCAAAACCAAGUACGACGUUCCUUUGCAGGGGAUUCCACACGGUUCUCCUGGAGUGAACGUCAAGCGAGAGAAGUGUCGGAGCAUCUUGUGGACCUGUUUGUCGGCAUCUCACGGCUCAUCCACAAGGGUCACAGUGGUGCGCCCACCAUUGUCUCCCGCAAGGAGUGGGGGUCCAGGUCACUGACCUGUAGCGGCCGGCUGUCCCUGCCUGUGCCCUACGUCCUCACGGAGCAGCUUGUGGGGAUGGAGUGCCAGGAGCAGAACGACUGCAGGCAGAAUCUGCGGGACCUUCAGGCCCACUCUGUCUACACCAAAGGCUGGUGCGACGUGGCCUACAACUUCCUGGUUGGGGACGAUGGCAGCGUGUAUGAAGGUGUUGGCUGGGACAUGCAAGGCACGCACACCCAGGGCUACAACAACGUCUCCCUGGGCCUCGCCUUCUUCGGCGCCAAGCAAGGCAGUACUCCCAGCCCUGCUGCCUUAUUAGCUGCAGAGGACCUGAUCUUCUAUGCCAUCCGGAAGCGUCACCUGUCACCCAGGUAUAUUCAGCCACUUCUCUUGAAAGAAGAGGUCUGCCUGACCCCUCAGCAGCCAGUGAUGCCCAGGAAAGCUUGCCCCGUCAUCAUUACGCGGUCGGCGUGGGACGCCAGAGAGACACACUGCCCUAAGAUGAACCUCCCGGCCAAAUAUGUCAUCAUCAUCCACACUGCUGGGGCCACCUGCAAUGAAUCCAUGGACUGUCUGAUUCGCGUCCGAGACACACAGUCCUACCACAUGGACAGGCUGGACUUCUGUGACAUCGGAUAUCACUUCCUGGUGGGCCAGGACGGCGGUGUGUAUGAAGGCGUUGGCUGGCACCGCCAAGGCUCUCACACUUACGGCUACAACGAUAUUGGCCUGGGAAUUGCGUUCAUGGGCAACUUUGUCGAAAAGGCGCCCAACGCCGCGGCGCUGGAGGCGGCCCAGACCCUGAUCCAGUGUGCGGUGGACAAGGGGUACCUGACUCCCAACUACAUUCUGGUGGGGCACAGUGACGUUAGCAAUAUCCUGUCUCCUGGGAAGGCUUUGUACAACAUCAUCAGCACCUGGCCUCAUUUCAGACAGUGAGGGAACCCCUGCUCCCUGAGACCGUCCCCCCACUUCCCCCACGGGCUGCUGGGCCUCCCCUGUCCUCACCCUGCACAAUGGCUCAACACCUCAUGUCCCUCCCUGCCAGCCCCAUCCGUCCCUCCUGUCUCAGGUUGGUAUGACCCUCUUCUGCUGGCAUCCUCCAGCGACCGCCGAUCCCCGUGGCUGGGCAUCCAGCCCCCUGAGUCUGGGCCCACUUCCCCUCUCGUCAUCUUCUUCUGCCCUGGGCUCCCAGCUCCUCAGCCUGGUAACAUGACGGCUGGUCCCUGUUUGACUUCUCGCUCCCUUUGUAUGCGCCCCCCUGCCUGGUGCACCUGUCCUGCUGUCUGCCCAGUCCCUCCUCUCUGCUCACAC